AUGGCCAGCAAGGCAUCGGCAGAGGCGUCUGCCCUGCCUGCGGCCGAGGAAGAAAAAGGCUACACUCCCCCGCCCCCAGAGAAACCCUCCGACACCCGAAGACGAAGCUACAUUGUCUGGUCGUACUGGCUGAUUGUCAUCUUCCUCGGCCUCCCGAUAUGGUGGCAGACGACAGCCAUCCACCGCGCGAACCUGCCGCUGGAUAGCAUGAUGCAAUGGGCAGAUGGCAAGGCCUGCCGACCCGUCUUCCCGCUCCAGAUUGACAUUCGCGUCGAUGCGCUGCAGGAGCCCGAGGCCCAGCACCUCGUGCGCCUGACACAACACGCCCUGGACGACCUCAACGAGUUCUCCGGCCACCACCUACGCCUACGCCUAGCCCCGAAGGAGGGCGCCGCUGCCGACGCCGCCGACGAGGCCGAACCCGCCCUAACCAUCCACUGCCGACCCGGCGACGCCGCGACGUCCACGCUGAGCUCGGAGCAGCCCGUUCUCGACAUCACGUACCCGCCGGGCGCGGCGCCGCAGCUCAGCUCGGCGUCGAGCGGGCUCGCCGCGCUCAUCACCAGCGAGCUGCGCGCCACGUUCGCCGAGGAGCAGUCCAUCAUCGCGUACCUGCUGUCGAUGUCGUCCAUGGCCGGCGGUGGCGCAGCGCCGACGCCCGAGGCGGCCGAGGCGCUCGCCCGGCGCACGACGCGCUCGCUGCGCUACGCGCCGGCGUACCACCUCACCUUUUCGCUCUUCACGGACCGCGCGCUGCCCAACGCGUGGGACGUGGACCGCGCGCUCGACGAGCACAUCCGGCCGAUGCUUGCGGCGCUCGCGCCGAUUCACAACUUCACCAUCGACACGCAGGUCCAGCUGUACGCCACGCCCGGCGACCAGUCCGAGGUGCUGAGCAGAGAGGCGCUGUCGUCCUUUAUCAACGCGGCCGAGUGGCCGCUGUCGCCGUCCAUCGGGGGCGCGCCCACGGUCAACUUUGUGCUCUACGUCGGGAACCAAACCAUCCGCCUCGACGAAGACGCCGAAGCCGACGCCGCUGGUGGCAGCACCUCGCAGUCGUGGACGAUCCCGCAGUGGGGCAGCGUGUACCUCCUCGCGCUGCCCAGCACGGAGGCGCACGUCUCCGCGGCGACGCUCCGCCGACCGAUGCUCACCUUUGGCGGCCACCUGCUGUCUCUGCUGGGCACGCCGUCGUCGGGCUCGCUGCCGCUGCGGCUCUCCUCGCUGACCCGCAUCCGGUCGACCGACCUGCUACUACGCGCCUCGUCGUCGCUGGGCUCGCUGGCGCGGCUGACGGGCAAGCUGCCGUCGAUCGCGAUCCCGCAGAGCGUGGCGGACGGCGUGGAGACGACGCUGCGGCACCUGGAGCGGGCGUGCGCGGACCUCGGCGGUGCGGAGGGGCUGGCGCACGCGCGCGUGGCGGAGCGCGAGGCGGAGCGCGCGUUCUUCGAGAAGAGCAUGGUCGGGCAGCUGUAUUUUCCGGACGAGCACAAGAUCGCGGUGUACUUGCCGCUGCUGGGGCCCAUCUCGGUGCCGCUGGUGAUGGGGCUGGUGGCGGAGGUGAAGAACUGGAUCGCGAGGCGGAGGAAGCGCGCGGAGGAGGCCAAGGGCAAGAAGACGCAAUAG